AGGAUUUGCAGCACCAGCCCCCAGGCUCCCCCCAGAGUUGGCAUCCGGGCUCCUCUCCAGUCCCUCCUCUCAAAGAGCACCCUCGGACCCCCCUCCUGGGCUCAGAUGGCACCCCCGGCCUGCCCUGGAAUCUCGGUAUGACCAUCGUGCCAAGGGGAAGCUUGCCAACUCCACCGAGUGCCACCACUGGGGCUGUCGUGAGGACUGGAUUAAUUGGCGGAGAGAUGGAUGAGACGGAUUCUGGAGUCCUGAAAUUUAAACCCCCCUCUGAGGAUGUCAUCUCCCUUGCUUCCUCAACAACAGAGUCCGUGCUCGUGGAAGAUGCUUACUUGGCCUCCUUGCGGCACGAGCUGGAGACGGAUGCCCGGGAGUUUGAGGCCCCGUCAUGGAGCCUGGCGGUCGAGCAGCCAUACGCCAGGCAGCAGGAGCGGGAGGGCCUCAAGCGGCAGGACGUCAUCUACGAACUGAUGCAGACAGAAAUGCACCACGUCCGGACCCUCAAGAUCAUGCUGAAGGUCUACCUGCAUGCCAUGCGGGAGGAGCUGCAGCUCAGCCACGCCGUCCUCCAGCGCCUCUUCCCCUCCGUGGGCGAGCUGCUGGACCUGCACUGGGCCUUCCUCUCCCAGCUGAAGCAGCGCCGGAAGGAGGCCCUGGAAGAAGAAGGCAGCGAGCGCAACUACGUCAUCCGGAGAAUUGGGGAUCUCUUGGUGCAGCAGUUUUCAGGGGAGACCGGGGAAAGGAUGAGGGAGAAGUACGGCGUCUUCUGCAGCAGCCACAGCGAGGCGGUGAACUACUAUAAAGAGCUGAUGCAGCAAAGCAAGAAAUUCCAAAACUUGAUCAAGAAAAUCAGCAAUUCUUCCAUUGUCAGGAGACUCGGGAUCCAAGAGUGCAACCUCCUCGUCACGCAGCGCAUCAUGAAGUACCCGGUCUUGGUGGAGCGCAUCAUUCAAAACACGGAAGCAGGCACGAACGAGUACGAGGACCUGACCCAGGCGCUGCAGCUGAUCAAGGAGGCCAUCAUGGCGGUCGACGCCAAAGUGAACGAGUGCGAGAAAGCGCAGCGCCUCCGGGAGCUGGUGACCAAGAUGGAGCUCAAGUCUUCAGCGAAGUUCAAGAACGGGCUGGUCUUCCGGAAGGAGGACAUGCUGCAGCGGCGCCUCCUGACUGACGGGAUGCUGUCCUGGAAGGCUGCCUCGGGGCGCCUGAAAGAUAUCCUGGCUGUGCUGCUGACGGACGUUCUCCUGCUGCUACAAGAGAAGGACCAGAAAUAUGCGUUUGCAUCUGUGGAUUCCAAGCCACCAGUGAUCUCCUUGCAGAAGCUGAUCGUUCGGGAAGUGGCCAACGAGGAGAGAGCCAUGUUCUUGAUCAGCGCCUCCCUGAAAGGACCCGAGAUGUAUGAAAUCCACACCAGCUCCAAGGAGGAGAGGAAUUUCUGGAUGGCGCAGAUCCGCCAGGCAGUGGAGAACUGUCCAGACGAAGAGGAAAGGAUCCUUGCUGACCCGGAGGAGGAGAGGAAGCAAGCCGAAGCCAGGGCAGCAAAGCUGAAAGAGUUUCACGAUCGCCUGCGGGUGAAAGAUGACCUGAUCGUGCAGAGCCUGAAUGAGAAGCAGCAGAUCUACUUGGAGAUGGCGGAGAUGAACGGCUUCGAGGACGUGCCCCAGGCCUCCCGCCCCUGGCUCGUCUGCAGGACGGAAUCCCCCGAGGACCUGCAGGGGGAGGCUCUGGCCAGGCAGGCGGUGUCUGAAGCGGAGAGCAUCCAGAGCUGGAUCUUCACGCAGCUGGGGAGCGCGGCAUCUCAUCCCGAGGACAGCUGUGCAUCAGGCGCCCUGCGGCGAGCGGAGACUUUUGGGGGCUACGACAGUGCUGCAGCUGGGCUGGCCAAAAGUGGCAGUUUCCAGAAGAAGGUGUGCGGAGGAGACCAGUGGGUGCGUGAGCGCCGAGGCCUUGUGACGAACCCAGACGUGCCGCUCCAGGAGCUGCCUUUGGCCGUCGGUGAAGGGGCAUCCUUGGGCGAUCUCUCCAGGCUGGAGGGCAGCAGCCAUCCUCACCCUACCGCGGAGUCCGAGCUGGUCCAGAGGAUACAGGCCCUCUUGAGGUUGCUUCUUAGCCUGCAGGCAGUGAUGGCGCAGCAGGACAGCUACGUGGAGAUGCAGCAGAGCACCCUCCUGGACCGUGAGAAGCAGCUGCGCCUGCAGUCGACGCGGGGGAGCCUGCUGCUGGAGCAGGAGAGGCAGCGCAACUUCGAGAAGCAGCGGGAGGAGCUGGCCGGCGUGCAGAAGCUGCAGAGCCAGCUGAAGGCGGAGCAGCAGCGCUGGGAGCGGGAGCGGGACCGCCAGCGGCGGGAGCUGGAGAUGGCCGAGGCCCAGCGGCAGGAGCGCGAGGAGGCCCUGAGGCAGCUGCAGGCCCGCCUGGCCCAGGAGAGGGAAGAGCUGGAGCGGCAGCGGGAGGCCUACCAGCACGACCUAGCCAGGCUGCGGGAGGCCCAGCGGGCCGUGGAGAAGGAGCGCGAGCGCCUGGAGCAGCUGCGCAAGCUGAAGAAGCAGCCCCCGGGGCUGGGGCCAGGACGCUUGUCGCCUGAAAUGAACCCGGGUCACGCCCUGACGCAUUCGGUCAGCUUCAACGGGGAAGGGCUGGAAAGAAGUGCGGCCCCCUUGAAGUCCUGCGGGCGCGCCAGCCUCUCUGGGGCAGACAGCCUGGAGCGGACGGAGCUGGCCCGGCGGGACAGUGCCGCGGGGGGGGAGGGGCGCCCCGUGCUGCCCGCCCUCAAGAACGAGGUGCCCCUCCACCUCCUGAGCGCCACCAACCAGAUCCAGAAGCAGGCCGCUGUGCAGCAGCAGAUCCCCACCAAGCUGGCGGCCUUUACCAAGGGCAGCAAAGAGAAAGGAGGCAAGCCGGCCAAGGCCUCCCAGCGGACGGACAGCUCCGCAUCCGUCGACCUGAGGCAGCUGCUCACUCCCCGGCUGGCUGGGAAGGAGGAGUCCGGGUCUCGCAGCAGACAGUCCGCAAGCCCUGUCUUUCUGCACAGCCACAACGCCGCUGCCUUCCUGCCAGAGCCGCCUGGCCCCGCAGAGAAUCCCCCGGAAACGCUGCUGCCCCCUGCCGGCCUUGCGAAGCCCCACGGCACGCACGCCCUCCCGCCUGCCCAGGAUGAGGCGGCUACCAAGGUGGAGGACAUUAUCUUCUUCUAG